AUGGGUGGAGGUGCAUCAUUGAUUGUCCCAAUGAAGUUCUCAGUUGUGACAGAGAAGAGUGUAUUUGCAACUCCAGAAGUAAGUAUUGGGUUUCACACUAACUGUGGCUUCUCUUACAUCCCUUCACGUCUUCAUGGUCAUCUAGUCAUUAACAAACCUAAUGGGGUCCUAGGAAUAAUCAUGCUCUUAGAAUACCUCUGUUGGGGACUCUAA